AAUGCCUCUCUUCCACAUCCCCUCCCGCUCCGUCCUCAAACCCCACCACCACCACCGCCACAUCAUCCGUCGAACCUUCAUCGACACCACCACCAUAAACUGGGUCCGCGACCGCGGCCUCGACCACGUAGUCGAGCGGGAGAAAAACCUCCGGCCAAUAAUCAACAUCAAAAACCUAAUCAAAUCAGAGCCCUCCAAAUCCCUCCCCAUUUCCAUCCUCACCAAAUCCCGCCACUCCCUCCAAAUCCCCACCCGCCCCGUCAACUUCGUCCGCCAAUUCCCCUCCAUUUUCGAGGAGUUCCUCCCCGGCGGCAUCCCCGGAGGCAUCGCCUCCGUCCAGCCCCACCUCCGCCUCACCCCGCAGCUCCUCGACAUCGACUCCAAGGAGCAUCUCAUGUACCAGAGCCACUCCUACACCCACCAGGCCGCCGAUCGCCUCUUCAAGAUGCUCAUGCUCGUCCGCUGUAACAGACUGCCGCUCAAUCUCAUCGAGCUUUUCAAAUGGGAUUUGGGGCUCCCUGAGGACUAUGUGGAGACCAUCGUGCCGGAGUUUCCGGAUUACUUCAAGGUUGCAGUCGGGAAAUACGGGCUGCUGGAGCUGGAGAUGGUGUGCUGGAGUGAUGAGCUGGCCACUUCGGUUAUGGAGAAGAAGAACAAAGCGGCCAAGGGGAUGCCUGUUGCGUUUCCUAUGCAGUUUUCGAGAGGGUUUGAGAUGGAUAAGAAGAUGAAGAAGUGGAUUGAUGAGUGGCAGAAGCUGCCGUAUGUGUCUCCUUAUGAGAAUGCAGCUCAUCUUUCUUCUCAGAGUGACGAAUCGGAUAAGUGGGCCGUUGCGGUUUUGCAUGAGCUGCUGCAUAUUCUGGUGCCCAAGAAGACUGAUAGGGAGAAUAUUCUGGCUCUCGGUGAGUAUUUGGGGAUUCGGUCGAGGUUUAAGAGGGCAUUGCUUCACCAUCCGGGGAUAUUGCAUGUUUCAAGCAAGAACCGGACUUAUACGGUUGUAUUGAGAGAAGGGUAUAAGAGGGGUGCUAUUAUUGAGAAUCAUCCGCUGAUGGAUAUAAGAAACGAGUAUAUUCACCUCAUGAAUGCUGUGAAGGAAGAUGGUAAAGGGGUAAGUCCUAGGGAGAAGAGGAAGAGGAAGAAGGGAGUUGAAGAUCCUAUAAGAGAAGAUAUAGACGAGGACGAUGAUGAAAAUGAGGAAGAGGAAGGGUACUUGUGUGACUCAUCUGAUGCUGAAGUUGAGCAUGAUGAGGUUGACAGUGAAGACAAUGAAGAAGAGGAUGAAGACGAUGAUGAGGAUGAAGAAGAGAGUAUGAGCAACAUUUGGAUGAAUGAUGCUAAUACUAGAGGAAGAAGAGCUAGGAAAUCUAAUUUUGAUGUCAUGACACCUUCCAGAAAUGCUGGAAGAGGAAGUUCAGGUCAAAAAAGAGCCUGGAAAUCCGAUAAUGCUGAGAGAGGGGGGUCAGGUGGACAAUACCCUGGUAGGAGAGGAGAGAGAGUCUCACCUGAUACUUCUAGAACAACACAAUCUGAUGUUAGGCAUAAUGUCCGCCAGAAUACAACAGAAGGAUCUAAUCUGUCCAGAAGCAGGGUGAGGUCUUCACCAGACAAGAAGACUUAUAUUUAGAGAAAGUCGGCUGGUUUUCUGCAACAACAUUCUGAUAGUUGGCAUGUUGUCCGAGAAGAAAACCACAUCCCCAAAUGUGACAAAGAAUACUGGAGGACCUGUGAGCUCAACGAAACUUUAUCUCCAAUGUGUGCAUUCUCUGAUACCGUAAGUGGAAAGAUGAGGGAGACCAACAUACAAGAAAUGAUCCCGAGACCAAGAAAUGGAGGAUUUGAAAAAGUGGUUGGCUGCGAGGUUAACGAGACCAUCAUUCUGGAGUCUUGGAUAUUUUGAUGUGCACAUAUAUUUAUUAGUUUUGUUUAACUUUUAGUUGUUGUAAGCCUCCAAACAUCAGAAAAUGCAUCUAGAGUCCUUACCGAACAACUUCAAUAGAUCAUGAUGACUACAAAUGUUUACAAAUUCUUAUAUCCUUUGUCUCCGCUCCCUUUGAGGCAGCGAAGAAAAUUUGCAUUUUGCACCACUAUACUUUGUUUCAUGGUAAUUGUGCAUUUGCAGUGUUUUGUGC